GGCCGGGGGCUCUGCGGGAACUCGCCGGAGCGGCUCUGCCCGAGCCUCUCGGCGGUGACGGCGCUCGAAGCCCCUGACCUGUUUGUGCCUCUGCACUCCGGGAGAGCUGGCGCUCGGCAGGGAAACAAUGUUCUAAGAAUGGCAUCAGGCAUCCAAAAAAAAAAAAAGACUGCAGCACAGAAAAGCAAGACAUGUUCUCCAGAAUCACAUCCAAAGCCUAGUGACAAGCUGAAUCCUAAAACUAUUGAUCCAUUUCGUGCUUAUUCCCAGCCACCAUCUGCAUUUUCUGCUACAUAUGCUAGAGGUGGUAUUCCGUGCAGGUUAGUGCAUGGAUCUGUAAAUCACAAACUGCAGUGGGAAUGCCCUCCUGAAACUGUUCCCUUUGAUCCUCUUCUUUUAACAUUGGCAGAGGGACUAAGAGAGACAAAACAUCCCUAUACUUUUGUUUCCAAGGAGGGUUUUAAAGAAUUACUUCUGGUUGAAGGUGCUGCUGAAAAAGCUAUUCCCCUGUUGCCUCGUCUAGUUCCAGUCUUAAAGGCUGCAUUGGCCCAUACAGAUGAUGAAGUAUUUGGAAGGGGAUUGGAUGCUUUAGCACAAUUGAGUGCAGUUGUUGGCCCCUCUCUUAAUGAGCAUCUCAAGCUUCUACUCACAAAUCUUUUAAAGAGAUUAAUGGACAAGAAAUAUAGAGGAACAGUUACUGUUGCUUUACAAAAGUUGGAGCACUAUGGUGGAAAGGCAGCUGUGGCUAUCAUCAAAUCUAAAAUUCCAACCUAUUGUUCCAUCUACUCUUGAACAAGGAAAUUGUAGUGAUUUGUACUGUAAGGUGAAGUUUGGAAAGAAGCAGUCUGUAAAUAUCACUGACACUUAUUUGUGGUAUGAUAUAUUCUCUGAAUAAUAAUUCUUCAGUAUGAUGGAGAGCAGGAGUCUUAUCAGUUUAUGAAUAUGUAAUUAUGGAAGACUUCUGUUUGCGUAUUUGUAUAUGUAUUGGGCUUACAAUGACACUGAUUAAUAUACUAUUAUUUUAAAAGCAGAAUAAAUAUUGAUUCUUAUUUAGUUUUAAAUUACAUUUUCAUGUAUUAUAUCUGCAGUGCUUAAUAUGUUUUGUAUAUUUGUGUGAUGCAAAAUAAUUUGGUUGUAAUUACUUAAAAUCUAACUCAGUGCUAAAUUGCGUAUGUAUAGCUGCUUUUGAAAUAUAUAACUUAUUUUGUGACACAGCACAGAUGGACACAUUUAGAUUCAUCAGGACUAGGUUAGACACAGAACUGUGAUCCCUCACAGACUUCUUCAGAGUCAGCUUUUAAAGGUGUGAAGCUGAACCCAGUAAACAGGCAGCAUAUGGUCCAAAGCUGAACUUGCUCAGUGCAUUCUCGGCAUGUUGUUUUGAGAGCCUGAGAGACUCUGGAGAAUACAGUGUAGAGGCCAUCAGGUUACUCCACAGAGCCAGAGCUGAGGUUUUGCUCAGCUAAUUAGUUCCUGUUAACUUUGACUCUACUGAAUGAAGGAGGCAAUUUUGGAAUACUUACUGUGCUCCCUUUGCACUGAGUUUGGUAAUGUUUACAGAUAUGCUUGGGAUUUGCUUGUGAAUUCAGGUCCAGACAAGUUAAUAAACUUCUGAACAUGGAAGCUAUUUAAAAAAUGAGUUAAAGACAAAAAAAAAAGAUUAUAAAACCAGCUUACCUGGCUGUCAAGCUUUGUUGGGUACAGCAUUUGCCCAUUAAUGUAUUUGAAUUUGAUUAAAAAAUAAUUCCUAAUUGGUUCUUGUAAUAAAUACUGUUCAGGGAGUUGUUGUAUUUGAGUACACUGUGAGGUAGAGUUAACUGAAGUAACAAAAUUUGCACAGAAUAUUUUCCCCUGAGGAAUAAUCAAUUCUGUCAUUUUGGAAUUGUUGGAAAGGAUGUUUUUUGUCACAAGAACAUUCUGAU